AUGCCAGCAACUACUAUCGCUUACACUCGUCACGAUGAUGAUGACUGGACUGACAUCACCGAGCCCAUCACUGAAGCGUGUUCCUCUAUGGGUUUGGGCCAACUCGUUCAUGGCGAGGACUACAGCCCUUUUGAGGCGAUGAGCGCUAUUGAGCUUAUGCAGCCCAAGAUGGACGUUGGCUUGCAAACUCCUGCCAACCUCGAGAAGGUCAUCGAUACGAUCGGCGACCUCAGUGACGCAGAUGCAAAGUAUGUGGCUGACGGCAUGCUUGCUAUGAUGUAUUUGUAUUUUAAUGGUAACACGACGUUGCAGACGGUCUGGUCCUGUUUGUUGUGUCAUCACUUGGACGCGGUUCGCCACGCUGGUCUGAAGUACUUCCUCAAUUUGGCGUUGAGAUGCUCUGGGCUGGCUCGAGAUAUCAUGCUCGAAUCUGACGUUAUCGCUGAUGAAGACGCGCCUCUGGCUCUGUUGGGAGCCGAUUUGGAGCCCAAGAAGCUCCCUGCAGUGACCGAUUGCCUGGGUGGGAGAAUAGCGCUUCUUGAAGAGCUGGAGGAAAUGUUAGAGUGUGUUAAGAACAGCAAGAAUGAGGGUUGCAAGAAGACUGUGGUCGACGAGAUGAGGAGGAAAGGAGGAAGCAGCUUGAUAGACUGUUUGAUGCCAGUAUUAAUAAUAAUGACAUGCCUCCAGGACCGCCCCGCCAAGUACCUUCGUUGA